UGUCGAUGUGGCUGGGGGGUUUAAUGUCGGCAGUGAGCCGAGGAGAUUUCACGGGCCUCCUCAGUUCGAUCGGUGGGGGCGUUCUGGACACAUCAGCAUCAAAUGCCUGGCACCAAACCACGAAAUGAUCUACUGGAAUACAACCGACCUGGACCGUUUCAGCAGCAGCGGAGGAACGGCGAGUUUGGCGGCGGGUCUGUGUGACAGCAGCAGCAGCAGCGGCAGCAGCAGCAGCCAGACGUGGUGUACGGCGGUGACUCUCAGCAACAGCCGCGGCAACAACAGCUUGCGGACGGCUUCACCGGGGGUGCAGGUGGACAGGUGAGUGGUGGGGUGUUCGUUGGUGAGAAGGGGGGGUAGGCUGCUGCCGGUUCGUCUGCGUUGUAUUUGCCGGCAAAAGCCCCCGCCAACGUCGCUUCUCUCAACGUAAACACACUCUCCACCACUCGCACUCCCGAGCGGCCCGCAACAUCACGUGUAGCACCUGCAGUAGUGCGGCAACGCGAUGAGCUGGAUCUCAUGGAGGGCGGAUACAGCAGUAGACGUGUAGCGGAGGAACACAUGCUUGGGUCGUAUCACAUUUUUGUAGUUUCAUUGUCCGCAGAAUCACAACAACCCAAGCAUUCGUCGGAAGCGGCAGAAGCAGCAGCGUCGUCCCUGGUCGCCGCGUUGGUGCAGGGGGCGGCGGCGGCGGCACCGCAGCAGCAGCAGCAGCGAGGAAAGAGGCGGUGAUGGGAGCGGGGAUGAGGGGUUGGAUGAAACCUGGAGUGGAGCCUCGACGCACCCCUUCGACCCCGGUAAGACAUCUUCGUGUGGCGCGAUGAGACGGGGGGCGGUACCAGGGUUGGUGUACCCCUUCGAUAGGGGCAGGAACGGGAGUGGCAGCUCCGGCGGUGACACUGGCGGCAGCAGGAGCAGCGACGGGAGU